UAUCGAACGUAAUUAUUAAAAAUAUAUUUAUAUUAAGUAAUUUUACUAAUUUACAUAAAAAUGCAUUACAAUAUAGACAGUUACAAUGUUAUAGACCAAACUUCUGAAAGUCCAGUAACGGUAAAAUUUUAUCAAACUUUAGCAGCACCGUUACAGCAACGAUGUGGAGAUCUAACCGUAAUAUUCGAUCGUGCAAGUUCAAAAGAAUUACAAAAUUUAUUUCCAGUAUUAAUUGAGAACAUUCUGGGUACAAAUGGUUCAAUAGGAUGGGGUUUACGUACAAUUACAUCUGAAUCGAAUAGUCGUGAUUUUAGUAUAUUGCAUCAUUUUUUAGGUCCAUUUGGACCGUUGUUUCGUUUGAUUUAUAAAUUAUUGGGUGAUCAUUAUGUACGAUAUGAAUAUCCGGUAUCACAAUUACCAGUCAAAAUACGUAAUAAUUUGGAAAAUGGACAUGUAUCUCCAUUUUACAGCGAUCUUGUUUGUUACGAUUUACAGACGAAACAAAUUGUUUGUCUUCAAUUAAAUCCUUUUGAUUAUUACAUGUUUCAAUUUGCAUGGCAUCUAAUUUCACCCUGGCAACAGCGAAAUUCAAUUGCCAGUCAUUGGGGCUUAUGGAAUACCAUUUAUUACGUGUUGAGUUGCGAUUAUUUGUUUCAUUUUCUUCCAACCGAUCCCUAUAAUCCAGUUCCAUUACCACACGUUUCGCCACAAUUUACAGGAAAAAAUCCGCUUGUUUCACAUCUUCAAGUACAAAACAAGAAUGUUAGAGCAUCAAAAUUAUUCAGAUCGCAAGUUUUACAACAAGCUUCGUUGGAUAUGAAUAUGAGUCAAACACAUCAACAACAUCCUCGUAGUGAAAUAUGGCGAAGUGAGACCAUAAUUCAAAUUUUUAACGAUAUAUGGCUAACAAAUGAUCAUUUCAAUAAUCCAAGUGAUAUACCAUACUUAAAGCAUACUCAGAUAACUGGAAUUCGAGGUGUCCGUGAUGUACCGUUAAAUGGAUACUUAUCACACGGGUCCAUGCUCAUUUACGAAUUACCGUCAUCUGAAUAUAUUCGUAUUAUUCGAGUGGGUAUCAAACAGCUACAUGCGUUUGUUGAUAGUGGAAAAAACGAUAUUACACCGAUUGGAGAAUGGAAAAAAUUAGUAAUGCCAAUGGUUCAACGAAAAAUGUACAUAUUUUUAAGGCAUUUAAUACAUCGCUGGCCUUUAGAUGGAUCAUUUCGUUUACUUUUAGAGUUAUGGCUAAGUUUUAUACAACCCUGGAGAUAUACAGCAAAUUAUCUAGAUAAAGACAGUAAACCGCGCAACGAAGAUGAAGAUAUAAAUUUCACAACUCAUGAAAUUGAUCGUAAAUAUCUAUGCUUUAUCGCAGAUAAUUUACUGGCAUAUACGAUUAUAUUUCAACAGCUAUUACCACGCUUUUUGAGAAUUGACUUAACCAGCCCAAAAAAUGCUAUUUUAAUGUAUCGAGUCACGAAGGUCUUUGCUCAACCGAAUUUGGUAGCAAUGUUAAAAGAAGUUGAAAGUUGUGUUGAUAAUCGUAAUCAUUCACCCUCACAUUCGUACAGCGGUAUGUGGUCCUCUUUGCCACCGCUUUCACCAACAAGUAAUUGGUCGACGAAUACACCAGCAACGCACAAUUCUAGUAUGAAAGACAUUUACAAUACACCAACAACAUCAAUGGAAAAUAAUAAUUCACGAAUGGAAACUACGUCAUUCUUUAAUACAACACCAAAAAGUGGUAAAUGGUCAAAUAUCGUACGUCAACAUAUAUUCGAUUUAGAAGGACCCGAAUUCUUUUAUAAACCAAUGUUUACGGAUUCACCUGCACCCGAAGUUGUACAAUUGUUAACAAUUUUAAAACAAUCGAUUAUUUCUGUUAAACAAUAUUUGGCAACACGUGAAGAAAAUAUUAAACAGAAGCAAAAAGGUUUUACUGGAUUUUUUAAGAGUCUAUUUAUUACGCCCAACGAUGAUAAUGGUGAUGAAUUUUCAUUGGAAGAACGUAAAAAAGUUCCUGAAUAUUUGGAAUUAGCGCAGGAAUAUUUGACAAAUAUUUUCGAUUUACAUCAACCACAACAAAAUGUUUCAACUUUCACCGAAUCAAAUAUGUCAUUAAAUAAUAAUAGUGCGUGUACGAUUGAAAAUGGCGGUGGGAACAUUUAUAAACAAUUAAACACGUUACUAACCCCAGUUAAUGUACGUAAACGUACAGCAACAAUACGUUAUUCUGGUGAUCCAGAUUUAAUGCCAGUUUCGUCGAAUGAAUGCGGAAUAUUAGUUAAUAUUUGUAAUACAAUAUCGAAAAAAAUUAAUGAAACUUAUGGAGAAAUGAUUGCCAUGGCGUAUCAUCGACGUGACUUAUAUGGUACAAUUGCAAGACAAUUAAUUGAACCACCACGAUUAAUAUAUUCAUAUGAGAAAACAAUCCAUGGUUGUGUUUCACCACGUGUACAAAAAUUACUACCACCACGAAUAAGUUUACGAUAUUUCGCUAGUCAUAAAUUCAUUUAUUGUUUUAUUAUUGGAAUUAUAAUUGGUCGAAUAUUUGGUUACGAUACAUUUUUUACAAUCAUUUUAGGUAGUAUAUUAAUCGCUGCUGUAAUAUUUAUAAAAGGUGUCUUUGAAUAUGAAUUCCGUGGAUCUCAUUCAGCGACACAUCGAAAUUUAAGUGCAGAUUUAUCAUUUUAA